UUACAUCUAUAUAAACCCCAGGAGCUCAUCCUUUCAUGGCCACCAUAUCUCACUUCACAGUCAUUUCUAAAUCUACUACUCCAAUCAAAUCCAAAUCCUUCCUUGAGCCAUUUAGGCAGAAGAAAAUGAAGAUGGGCGUUGGGAAUGGACAGAGAUUUAUUGUAACAUUGGCAGUGGUUGCUUCCAUGUUAGCAGCUGUGUGCAUGGGAUCUCGCAAGGCUUGGCCUCCUGUAGAGCCUCUUCAUUCUCCUAGUCCUAGGAAGAUAGUGGUGGGGGGCUCUGAGAAUUGGCACUUUGGCUUUAACUACUCUGACUGGGCUGCUAAAAAUGCCCCCUUUUACCAAAAGGAUACCCUUGUUUUCAAGUAUGAGGCUCCAAACGAAACCGCACAGAUUCGUCCACACAACGUAUAUCAGCUGCCAGACAUCUCGAGCUAUGCCGCAUGUGACCUGAAGAAUGGGAAGCUGGUGGCGAACAUCACGCAGGGAGGAGGGAAUGGGUUUGAGUUUCCAUUGGAAGAGGCAAAGCUCUACAUUUUUGCCUGCGGGGUGGGUAAUGGCAUCCAUUGCAAUGCUGGCUUGAUGAAGUUCUUCGUGUCUGCAUUGCCUACCUCCCAUGACUGAUGAGAUGGAUCUCCUUAAUAAUCUUCACUUGGCUGGGGAAGAUGCAGUGCUACUUGCUUAAUUUUUCAUUCGGCUUGUCUGAUUUGAGAAAGAAUAAUAAUAAUAAUAAUAAUAAUAAUAAGAAAGCUUAAUGCAGUUUUCACUUUCA